UGACCGGAACUCGCUUUAAAUGUAUGCAAUGCUAGUGAAAAUGAGAGAAGACCGAAUUGGAUUUAGCUUGCAGUCUGACAAAUCUGUCACUUAUGACCUCCCUUCCUCGAUAUUCGUUUGCAUUUGCAAAUCGAACAUACUGGUGGAUUCAUCAUGCUAGCGGAACUUUGUCUUUAAUGUAGCUUCGACUGACGCCAACUGAAGCCAGAUAGCUUAUACGAAGAAACUGAACAGGAGACAAUAUGCCCCAUUGGGUGAAAGCAUUCGAAUCGUCUCGACAUAAAUUUAUACGACUCGAAAAGUACCUCUUAGAUUUUUUGCUAAUACUAUAGCUGCUUGUUGGAUUAAACCAUACGGGCUGAUAACGUUUUCUAAUUCAGCUUGGAAAAGUGAGGAAGACACCGCUCGCGAACUUUGGAAGGUUUAGCUAAAGCCUGGGUCCGAGCACUUAGGCAGUUAGCUCGGCAGGGUAGUACUAGCAAUUUAUACGGAUCGCACUAGCUGGCUAGAUAUGUUGGAUAUGACACCGGUACUAUCAGCCUCGGGGUGGGACCGAAGCCGGGAACAUGAUAAUGAAGACCAGGAUUGUGAGUGCCCCCAAUCGAAAUCCGAAACUGUGAAUAAAUCUAGAAAAUUCUAUCGCCUGUGCAGUAGAGACGAGAAGGAGCGAGCUGCGGCUUUGGAGGCACUUACGAAGAGCGUCCUGUCGAGUUUGGGCCAGCAUGGCGAUUCGGCUAGAAUCGACGAAGACACCCUUUUACAACUGCUCCAGGUGGCCAAGACUUGCCCUUUUCCGGACAUAAGGGAAAGAGCAGCAGAACUCCUAAAAACCGCACAGGACCAUGGAGUUGAUAUUCCCCAGCCUCUGGCCUCUGGACCUAGUGCCUUCAUCCCAACAGAGGAGAUUCUGGAGCAGGGCGGGGACCAGCCAGUGCUUAUGGAGGCCUUUCUGUCCAUGGGGCGCGUGGACCAUGUGACCAUGGUGAUGGCGCUUCACCCUGCCUACCUGAGCUGUUUCCUGCGCACCCAGCAGGCCCUGCUGCAGUUCGACGGGCCCUUGCCCUGCCACUGGAGGCACUACAUCGUCAUCAUGGCGGCCGCCCGUCACCACUGCUCGUACCUGGUGCAGCUGCACCGCUGCUGGUUCCUGCAGGCGGGCGGGGACGAGAGCUGGCUGCAGGGUCUGCACUGCGCCCCGCCCAAACUGCGCCGGCUCGGCCCCAUCAAUAAGCUGCUGGCUCACCGGCCUUGGCUGCUCAGUCCUGAGCACAUACAGGAGUUGGUAUCUCCCGGGAGUGAGGACCGCUGGUCCCUGGCUGAACUGAUCCAGGCCGUGGUCCUGCUGGCCCACUCCCAUUCCCUCUCCUCGUUUGUGUGGGGGUGCGGGGUCAAUCCCGAGCCCGACCACAUGGCGGGACACGCCUUCCAGCCGCCGUCGCCCUCCGCCCGCCCCUCCCACAGCCCCAUGCCGGAAGACGCCGCCAGCCGGACGGGGGGUUCAGAUGCGGUCACUGAGGUGGAGGUCCUGAUGAAGAGAAUGCAGCUUCUGCAGCAGCAGGAGGAAGAGUUCAGCCAGGAGGAAAUGGUGACCCGCUUUGAGAAGGAGAGGCGCGAGUGUCUGCUGGUCACGCCGUGUGAUGAACGCCCACGCACCCUCCCGGACAGCGUGUCCCGUUUCGUGGAGGACGCUGGUUAUGGCUAUCAGGACUUCGCCCCCCGCGGGGAACAGGCCCCCGCCACCAUGCGCACCCAGGACUACUCGUGGGAGGACCACGGCUUCUCCCUGAUGAACCGCCUGUACCCGGAAAUGGGCCAGCUGCUCGAUGAGAAGUUCCAGGUGGUGCUGGGCCUGACGUACCACACCAUGGCCAUGCACCGCGACGUGGACACCUUCAUGCUCCGCAAGGCCGUGUGGAACUACAUCCACUGCGUCUACGGCAUCCGGUACGACGACUACGAUUACGGCGACGUGAACCAGCUGCUGGAGCGCAGCCUGAAGGUGUACAUUAAGACGGUGGCCUGCUACCCGGAGAAGACCACGCGCAGGAUGUACAGCGGCUUCUGGAGGCAGUUCCGCCACUCUGAGAAGGUGCACGUGAACCUGCUGCUCCUGGAGGCCCGGCUGCAGGCGGCGCUGCAGUACGCGCUGCGGGCCAUCGGCCGCUACAUGACGUGAUGGCGGGACGCCCGCCUCGGCCGCGACCUUCGCGCCCGACGCGCCGAUCAAGCCGGGGGGACCCA